AGAGCGGCCCGUGUUCGUUCCAGCUGACUCUCACCGCGGUUCGAGCGCUCGCGUUUUCUUAUGGGUGUGCGGUGAAAAAAGCGCGUGAAAGACUGAGCGAAGGUGAAACCAUUUGAAGGGAGAGGGAAACAGCAGCAACCAAAUCUCGACUGACUGUUACGUUUUUAUUUUAUUUUUGGUUAAUUAAUCGAAGGAUUUCCAGGCGGUGUUAGGCUCAACAUUUCGCCUGGUCUGGAAUUACCUAUUUCUUGGCGGAGUAUUACUUGAAUAUAUAUAUUUAGGCCGUUUGUGCAUAGGCCUAUGCUAUUUGCAUUUAUUGAUAGUAGUUCUCUUCGAAUCCAUGGACGGCUUUCCUUUACAACUGUUUUUUUUCGGGGAAUAUUUCUGUCCAGGCCAUGAGGAGUAUCAAACUGCUGUAAAGACAAAUACUGCCAAAUAAAUGGACCUCUUGAAAGAAGUGGAGGAAUUCGUCGCAAGUUUAAGAGAUCCAACUUUGUUUGUCCUGGAGGCGAGUGACAAGGGGAGGGAGGUUUAAAACCCCUUAAAGUCCCAGCCUCCGAGAUAGACCUUGAACGCACAUCAGGAAUCAACGAUGUCCAGGCCGCUAACUCAGCUCCUACCACCGGAGGUACCAGCUGUGGCGAGCCCGCAGUUCGGAACCGGCAACCCGUCCGUGACCACCCCUAAUGGCCACCCGAACUCCAUGGCGAGCCUCAAGACCCUGCUGCAGCUCCCAAUCAAAGCUGACCAGCGAGGCAAAGACUGCUGUGAAAUGAAAGAUAAAGACAAGCCGCAGGACUCGGACGAGGAGUCCCAGAGCGCGGGGGGCGUGUGCGGGAUCAGCGGCGGCGCCUCGUCCGUGCGCUCCGUCUCCCAGUCGGCCUUCCUGGGCCCGCUGCUGUGGGAGCGCACGCUGCCGUGCGACAGCGGCCUCUUCCAGCUGCAGUACAUGGACCUGGAGGAGUUCCUGACGGAGAACGGCAUGGGCUGCAUGCCCUCGGCCAACGGCGGCGGCGGCGGCACCGGCGGCUCCGGAGGCGGCGGCACGGGCGGCAGCGCCAGCGCCCAGAUCCCCUCGCAGAGCUCGCCGUCGGCCGUGCCCAACCAGAGCUCGCAGUGCCCGUCGUCGGCCUCGUCGCCGCCGCCGUGCUCCUCCUCCUCCUCGUCCUGCUCCUCCAUCUCGUCGUCCUCCUCCACCUCCUCCCUGCUGGGCCUGGACGGCCCGCAGCCGCCGCCGCCCGUGCCGCAAAGCAUGCUGGGAGGCCCCGAGUGCCUACACGGAGGCCAGGCUGUGCCACCAGAACCUUCAUCGUCCUCGUCUUCAUCCUGUCCACCUCCGCCGGGCCCACUGAGCAACAAUGCCAACGACGUCAUGGUGAACUUUGACCCUGACCCCGCGGACCUCGCGCUGUCCAGUGUGCCGGGCCAGGAGGCCUUCGACCCCCGGAGGCACCGUUUCUCAGAGGACGAGCUCAAGCCUCAGCCCAUGAUCAAGAAGGCUCGCAAGAUGCUGGUCCCUGACGAGCAGAAGGAUGAGAAGUACUGGUGCCGACGUGUGAAGAACAACGAGGCGGCCAAGCGCUCGCGCGACGCCCGGAGGCUCAAGGAGAACCAGAUCACGGUGCGCGCCGCCUUCCUGGAGCGGGAGAACCAGGCGCUGAGGCAGGAGGUGGCCGACAUGCGCAAGGAGCUCGGCCGCUGCCGGAACAUCCUCAGCAAGUACGAGACCCGGCACGGCGACCUGUGAGGACGACAACGACAACGACGAUGGCGGCGAAGAGGAGGAGGAGGAUGAGGAAGAAACGAGAGAAAAGAGAGGAAGAGGAGAGAAGCCAACAAACAAACAUACAAACAAAAAAACAAACGUUAGCACUUCUGAAAUGAGGAGGGGGGGGGGAGGGCACUCUAGCGCCCCCUCUCUGUGGGUUGGGGUUAGACGGGCUAGCGGUAUAAUCAGGUUCACAGCAGGUCCUGAGUGUUUUGUCAGCACUUGCAACACUUGCCGAUCCCAGCACUCCUCCACCCACAUCCCCGCGCCCCCGAACGCCCCUCUCCCCUCCCCUCCCCUCCACCUCCUCGAAACAUUUCCCAUUUCCUCUGUAGUUAGGGAGGGUGGAAAGGAGGCGGUUGGGGGGAGGGGAGGGGGGAGGUGUGGGGUGAAGGGGCAGAUGCUUCUGAAUGCCGAUGGCAUCACACUUUAUGCCAGUCUUACACACAGCCUCACCUCACCAUGGCACCACACAAGCGGAGAGGUGGGCAGUGGCUCCACCGAGCGCCACAGACAGUCCACAGGAUGGGCAAGGCCGAUGGGGGACACAGGUGUAAUUUCUUCUUUUUUUUUUUUUUUUUUUACUAUGACAGCAACAACAACAACAACAACAACAACAACAAGAAAAUUUCACUCGAUUAAAAACGAAAUAAAACUUGUAUAUUUUUGAACCGGGGUAAAGGGGCAGGGGGACACGGAGAGAGAAGAGUCUAAGCUUAAAGGAGGAGUCGCGGAGGCGCGGAGGUAGAGGUUGAGGAGACAGGAGGAGAGCCAUGAGAUUUUGACACCAGAUAGGAAAACUUGUAUAUUUUUAUAUUUGUGGAGUCAAAGACGAGGCGACGAGAUUUUGGAAAUAAUCUUUUGUAUAUUUUCUAUAUGGGUGGGAGGGGGCAGUAGAUUGGGCAUGUAGGCUGUACACGUGAGGGCUAUCUGAGGACUUUUAAACACAAAUCCAGGAGUAUUCUCAGAUAUAUAAAUAUAUAUAAAUAUAUAUUUUAGUGGUCAGACUGGCUUUAGCGGUUCAGGGACGAUGAGGCGGCUUUUCUUAGCAGAAGAAUGUAAAAGAAGUUCAAAUCAGGGGCAAAGUGGUAGUGGUGGUGGUGGUGGUGGAGGAGGGUGUGGGGAUCCCGAGGAAGGAAUAUUUCUUUGCGGAUGAAUACGAGAAGAAAGGAGAUGAAAAUCUGUGUAUAGUUUUCAUUUUUAUGUUUCUCUUUUUAUUGUGAGUUCAUUCAAGCACUUAAUUUUGAUCUCUUCUCUUUGAUUCCCGUUUUGAGCUUAAAUAUGUGUGUUUGUUCUAACCUGGGUGGUUUAGGAGAGAGAGAGGAGCAGAGAGACCAUCAUGUACACACACUACUAUAGUAUACAGUACUACGGUUAUGAAAGACUUCUUUCCAUGUAUAUAUACUGAGAUGCUUGAAGAAGCCUUGGCUGUAAAGGAAAUUAUGUAUACACUCAUGCAUACACAUUUACACACAUAAUCAUACACACACACACACACACACACACACACUCACACCCAUACUGAAAUACCAACAUAAGCUUGAUCUUCAUGUGACCUUUCUCCAUGGUCAGUAUAAUGACAACGCACAAAUAAGACAUUGACGUGGAGUCUGACCACUCCCUGCACUCUGCAUUAUCUUACACACACCCACAUCCACACACACACACACACACACACACAGAUAGCACACUCUCUCUUAUCCUCUUUCUCUCUCUGAGUUGACUAGUGAAGUGUCAUUGAGUCGGAUUUUUAGAUUUUCGUCACCCAGGUAUAGCGGGGCAGUGAGUGAGCGACUGCAUGUGUUUCCCACCACAAACCUCUCUAUGACUGUUCCACUACAUGGUGCUCACGAUGAUCCCACUACCUGAAACACAAGUACAUAUUUACACACACAUACACACACACACACACAUACAUACAUACACAGUACUGAACUGCCUAUAUCGAUUCACCUUGUUUAUGUUUUAUUUCUUUUUGUAUAGUAAGAGGAAUGGUUUUUAGAUCUACACACAACAGUAUGUCUAAACCUCCCAACAAAUUGAACCCACAUGAAAGAUCCCUAAAUGCUACUGUACUAUACGGAAAAAAAUGUACUAUUGAAUAUUAAAAUAACUAUUUCUCACUAGA